AUGGACCAGGGCAACAUCAACAUCAUGACCAUCACGUAUGGUCUCUUCUUUAACUUGCCUCUGGACUAUGCUCUCCUCAUCUACAAUGAGAUCUAUGCUGCAAUGGUGAAGAAGAACAAGCUUAUUGCAGCAAGGAAGCCAGUUACAUCGGUGCUCUUCCCUCGCUUCCUUGCCCUCUUCAUCAAGGACGCAAUGAAGGCACACAAGCUGCCCUGCGAUGAACCAUUCACUCCUCAAUACGCCAUGAAUGGUCAUCGCCCAACCAUCUCCAAAGAUGAUAACCUCGCGGAGAGGCCCUUGUCAAGGGCCAUGCUUAGUGUCAUUCCAGACAUAUCCGCCUGCCGUAGGUCUUACAAAAACUCUCUGCUAGCCCAACAACCGAGGCCAGCUACCCCGGAGCACAUAGAGCCCUCCCUUGACACUAGCGAGGGAUCACAAGCAAAGAGGAGUUCAUCGGAUGAUGAAUCCGAUGAUGAUGACACUCCUCCUACCUCCCUCGGCCCUAUGCCCACUUCAAUUCCAUCACCCCAACCCCGGGUAAUGGACGCGAACAAUGCUAACUUUGUUGCUAGUGAUACAUCGAAAAAGAAUAAGCCAAAACUUGUUUGGGAUAAUACUACAUUUAUGGUGUUCAUUGAUUUGUGCAUGAAUGAGGUUAAAAAUGGGAAUAGACCUGGUAGUCACUUCAAUAAGCUUGGGUGGGGAAACAUAGAGAAGAAGAUUAAGGAACGAAUAGGAAAAUCUUUUGACAAGAAGCAACUUAAAAACAAAUGGGACACUAUGAAGAAAGAAUGGAAAUUGUAUGAUCGUUUAAUGAGGAUUGAAUCUGGCAUUGGAUGGGAUCUCGUGAGAAAGACAAUUGUUGCAUCACCAGAAUGGUGGGACGAAAAAAUAAAGGGCGAUAAAGAUCUUCCCAAGUUUAGGGACUUGAAUUUGAAGAUUUAUCAAGUGUAUUAUGAGCCUUUAUUUUGGGAUUCCGUUGCCAUUGGAGAUGAAGAAGAUCAUGAGGGGAAAGGAGAUAGUGCUGAAGUGAAUUUAGGCGACGAUAAUAAACAUCUUUUCCCUCAAAGUAGUCCGAGUAAAAGGAAGAAGCCAAAUAAUGUCGCACUUACCCAUUCAACCAAGGGAAAAUCUUCUAUAACUUCCUCAUUUGAGGAUAAACUAGAUAAUGUAUUGGAGGCACUAUCAUCACGAAGCACACAAACUUUUUCGUCAUGGAAUAAGUACUCACCAACGACACAAGAAUGCAUGAACAUUGUGACAUGUUUUCCAGGAUUUGAAGGAGGUUCAAGGAUGUAUAGCCAAGCAUUACGCAUCUUCCUAAAAAAGCAAGUCCGUGAAAAUUUUAUGGUUCCAAAGACACACAUGGCAAGGAUGAAGUUUUUUAAGUUACUUAUGGAAGAAUGA